GCGCAGGAAGCGUCUAAACGUCACAGGUUGCAGCAGCUGGUGGGUUCAUAUGUGACCAUUAGCGUGACAUCAUGUUGGCUUGAAAAUCCUGCACGUUGAAAGGAUCUCCUUAGUCUGCAGAGACAACAUUUCUUCAGUAUUUUAUCAUGUUAUGCUGGGGGAAUGCAUCUUAUGGGCAGCUUGGACUAGGAGGUAUUGAUGAAGAAAUUGUUACAGAACCCAGAAGAUGUGACUUCUUCCUAAAUAAGAAUGUACGUGACGUUGGUUGUGGGCGAAGACAUACUGUUUUUGUCCUGGAUGAUGGGACUGUUUAUACGUGUGGAUGCAGUGAUUUGGGGCAACUGGGACAUGACAAAGGCAGAACAAAGCCAGUGCAGGUUGGGGCCUUGGAUGCACAAAAUAUUGUUGCUGUUUCAUGUGGUGACUCCCACACUUUGGCACUGAAUGACAAAGGACAAGUGUAUUCAUGGGGUCUUGCUGCAGACGGACAGAUAGGUGUUUCUGGAGUAGAGGAAUUUAUCAGGGUGCCAAGAAAUAUAAAGAGUUUAUCUGAAAUACAGAUUGUCCAGGUUGCUUGUGGCUAUCACCAUUCUCUUGCACUUUCUAAAGUAAGUGAAGUUUAUGCUUGGGGGCAAAAUCGAUAUGGACAGCUCGGCUUGGGAUAUGACCUGAAGAAAGAAAGCUCGCCAAAACAAAUAAAGUCUCUUUCAGGGAUCCCUUUCUUGCAAAUUGCUGCUGGAGGAGCUCACAGCUUUGCCCUAACACUCUCAGGAGCCAUUUUUGGUUGGGGGCGAAAUAAGUUUGGUCAGCUUGGUCUAAAUGAUGAGGCAGACAGAUAUGUACCGGCCCUUCUAAAGUCUCUCCGCUCUCAGAAAAUUGUUUAUAUUUCCUGCGGGGAAGAUCAUACAGCAGCACUAACAAAGGAGGGUGGUGUGUUUACAUUUGGAGCUGGCGGAUAUGGACAGUUGGGCCAUAACUCUACUAACCAUGAAAUCAACCCAAGGAAAGUGUUUGAGCUGAUGGGGAGCAUUGUUACACAGAUUGCUUGUGGGAGGCAGCACACGUUGGCAUUUGUUCCUUCAUCUGGACGGAUCUAUGCAUUUGGUCUUGGUGGUCAUGGGCAAUUGGGAUCUGGGUCAUCGUGCAACAGAAAAAGUCCUUUUACUGUUAAAGGAUGCUGGCUGAGUUACAGUGAUUUUAUUCAGCUUCCCAACAAUGCUGAAGAGUGCUACUGUGUGAAGAAAAUAUUUGCUGGUGGGGACCAGAGUUUUGCACAUUACUUUAAUGUACAGAACUGCUUCCCUCCUGAAGACUUCAGAAUAUGUAACCAUUCUAGACAGAUUUGCACAGUAAAAUGAGGCGCUCAUUCAGAGAUGGUUGAGUUUCUCGUCGGGAAGACUUCCUUUUGAGAUUGUUAAGU